AUGGCUGCCUAUCUUCAGAAGAGAAUCGUCCAUCCGCACCACGGCAUUACCGUGUCGCGCCCGGAGACGCCUGCGCUCGCCAAGCAGGAAAAGUGCACGGCCCCGAUCCCCAACCCAGCCGCCAAGAAUGUGCCCUUUUACACGCCAGAGCAAGACCCGCCAGCGGGCACCGGCAUUCCACCGGCCGACGGCUCAGCGCUCCCGAAGCUGUUCACGCCGCUCCAAAUCAGAAGCAUCAAGCUGCCGAACCGUGUGUGGGUGAGCCCCAUGUGCCAAUACAGCGCCCAUGAGGGAUUCCACACCCCGUGGCACAUUACACACCUUGGCGGCAUGGCCCAACGUGGGCCCGGUCUCUUAAUGGUCGAAGCCACUGCGGUGCAGGCAAACGGGCGCAUCACGCCUGAGGAUUCCGGCAUCUGGCUCGAUGCGCACGUCGACACGCUGCGCAAGCACGUCCAGUUUGCCCACAGCCAAAACGCACUCAUCGGCAUCCAGCUCGCCCAUGCCGGCCGCAAGGCAUCGACCGUCGCGCCGUGGCUCAGUUCCGGGGCCACGGCGACAGUCGAAGUCGGCGGAUGGCCCGACGACGUCGUGGGCCCCAGCGAUGAGCCGUUCAACGAGCACUAUCCGACGCCCCGCAGCAUGUCCCUCGCCGAGAUUGCCCAGCUGAAAAAGGACUUUGUCGCCGGAGCACACCGUGCCGUGUCGGCGGGCUUCGACGUCAUCGAGCUCCAUUACGCACACGGCUAUCUGGUCUCGUCCUUCCUCUCGCCCGCCGUCAACAAGCGCACCGACAACUACGGCGGCAGCUUCGAGAACCGCACGCGCCUGGCGCUGGAGCUGGUCGACGAGGUGCGCGCCGUCAUUCCCAAGACGAUGCCGCUUUUUGUCCGCAUCAGCGCCACCGACUGGCUGGACACGAACCCGGAGUACGCGGGCAGCAGCUGGACGGUGGACCAGAGCGUGCAGCUGGCGCACCUGUUCGCGAAACGCGGCGUCGACGUGCUGGACGUGUCCAGCGGCGGCAACCACGUUGCCCAAAAGGUCAAUGGCGGGCCCGGCUACCAGGCGCCGUUUGCGAAGCAGAUCAAAAAGUCUGUGGGCGACGCACUGCUCGUCAGCGCUGUCGGCAGCAUCAAGACGGGCACGCUGGUCGAGGAGCUGAUCUCGGGCGGCAAAUCGGAAGACGAUGUGCCCCUGGACCUGAUUGCAGCGGGUCGCAUGUUCCAGAAAAAUCCCGGUUUGGUCUGGGCCUGGGCCGAUGACCUUGGUGCACACAUCCAAGUAGCGCAUCAAAUCGGCUGGGGCUUUGGCGGACGAGCGGCCAAGAAGAGCGACCAUGCCAAGAUUAGCAUUCCUUGA